UUGGUUAUUGCUGAAGCGUCACGAUAUAUACGACGAUAUGGCGCCAGUGAGCACGAGCAACAAGGCGAUUCAAGUGCCGAACCAACACAGCUCCAAUCGCAACGACAGCAAUGGCUUCAGAAAUCGCUCAGUGAUUUAAUCGCGACAAAUUCACUGAUCAAGCGAUGUGUUGAUGAGAAAUUGUUGGUGAUGUUGAGAUCAGUGAGCACUUCUGAAAGCGAUUGUUUCGAAACGCUUCUUCAGUUCAUUUGUGAGCGCAGAUUUGAUGCCGGCUUUGAGCUCAUUCAAACACUCAACGCACAACAACUCAAAUGGCCAUUCAGUGCACCGCUGAUAAUUGUUUAUCUGAAUCUGGAACAAUAUGAACGUUUGCUGGAGACGGUGGAUAGUGCGCUGUUGACGGAAAAACAUCUUGCACUCGCCCGUAUUACCGAUGAAUUUUUAUUGACCGCAAAAGCUGAAGCAUUAUACGGCAUCGCCGAUCAGUCUUCGUUGCAGUCGUUCGAUCAAAUAAUGAACUCGGAGCAUUUCCACAAUGAAAUUUGGACCUUUCUACAUUUGUCGAAGCUCGCCAAAUCAGACUGUUCAAAUGAUGAGUUCGUGAAAGAACUUGAUGAAGCAAAAGUCGAUGGUGAUGAGAGGUAUUGUUGGAUGGCAGCAAAAGCGUUGAGUAAUAACCAAAUAGAUGGAGCAGGAAUUAAUGCCAAGAAAGCACUGAGCGGGCAGUUGACUUCAUGGAGAGUUAUGCUAUUAUUAGCCGAAGUUCUGCUUCGUUUAGAUCCAAACGACCCGCACGCUACAUCGCUGCUGUUGAAGGUUAUCAAGCAGAACGGACCGAGUAGUCGCAUUUACUAUCGUCUCGCGCAAAGUCUGGCCGAACGGAGUCCGUCGAAAGCGUUGGGCUGUCUGGAAAUGGCCUUGAAAAUACGACCACAAUACCUUGAGGUUGUUCAAUUGCGUGAUCGUUUGCUCGGUUUAGAACAGCGAAAAGAAGAACAGUUGAAGAAUGUUGAACGUUUUAUUGGCGUACAACCCAGAUGCGUAUGGGCACUGAGACGAUGUGCUCUGCUUAAAUUGCAACUGAAUAUGAUCUAA